AUGAAUUUAUAAAACUCUGUGAUAUGUCCCGACACUCAACUCCUUUAGAUGCUGAACCAUGCCGAUCGUGUGUCAGCUUCUCGGAUUACCUCAAACAGACCAAGAAAAAAAUAAAACAGGAUCUCGCUUCAGGGGAGACUGUUCAGGAAAUUCCAACUAGAAAUGAUUGUCCGCUGGAUAAAGACGAAUUGGGAAGUAAAACAUGGGGCUUGCUGCACACAAUGGCAGCAAGGUAUCCUGAAAAACCUUCAGAGAAGCAACAAGAUGAUAUGAGGACGUUUUUUAAAGUGUUUUCUCAGUUUUAUCCCUGUGAUCACUGUGCAGAAGAUUUUAGAAAAGAUUUGAAGUCAGACCCUCCUAGAACUGAAUCACAAGAAGCUUUAAGUCAGUGGUUGUGUAAAAUGCACAACAAAGUCAAUGUUAAAACUGGAAAAGAUGUAUUUGAUUGUUCUAAAAUUAAUGAAAGAUGGAGAGAUGGUUGGCUUGAUGGAUCAUGUGGAUAGAUUUUAUCUGGUAAUUGUUGUAUAUUUAAGCUAUAUUGUUAUUAUUUAUCAUAGCAUUUAAUAACUUUUACACUACCAUUAAUAAAAGGUCUAAGAAGA